AUGAAGCCAUCUCAUAAGAAAACGCCCUUCAAAAGAGACGCCAAAAGUCAGCAUACUCGUUCCCGUGGCUCGAAAAAUGAAAAACACGCACCAAGGGCCUCCUAUAAUUCACCGCUGCAUCCCAAAGACCUCGGCGACCUUGCGUCCCUACUCGAAAACCACCUGGGCUUCAAGCCCCGCCCUUUCCAGAUCAACGCAGUGACCAGCCAGAUGUUAGGAAAAGAUACCAUCGUCCACGCUGGGACGGGCAUGGGCAAGACCGUAAUCGCAAUCGGCCCUCACUUUCAUCCCCUGAGCAGAGGGCGCCUCACGAUCAUGGUAUCACCUCUGAUUGCCCUACAGAACGAACAGCUCGAGUCAUUCAACCAGAAGGGGAUCAAGGCAAUUGCACUCAACAGCCAAUAUGGCGGGUGCUCGCAUGCAAACCUACAGAAACUGAAAAACGGGGACUACCAGGUGUUGCUGAUAUCGCCCGAGCUGCUACUGUCCAAACGGUUCUUGGAUACGAUGAUGCGAGACCGGGAAUUCACGUCACGCAUUCUAUCGGUUGUGGUUGAUGAGGCACAUGUCGUAUCGAGUUGGGGAGCUGGAUUCCGCAAGAAGUACGGUGAAUUAGGGAUGAUACGAGCUUUUUUACCAAAACACGUACCUCUUGUCGCAAUGUCGGCCACUCUUCCUGCUCGUGUUCGCUACGAUGUCGCCCAGAAGCUCGAAUUCCCUCAAGAUGGUUACCUCUUCGUCAAUAUCGGCAACGACCGCCCCAACGUGUCAAUCGUCGUCCGUGCAAUUCACAACACAAUGAAAACCUACAGUGAUCUCGACUUUAUCAUUCCAAAGACAAUGAGGCACCCAAACGACAUACCUUCUACCUUGGUUUAUGGAGACAAUGUACAGGAAGGCCCCGUCAUUGCCGACAACAUCGACGACAAAUUGCCAGAGGAGUGGCGGCGGCGCGGACUCGUCCGUCCAUUCAAUGCUGGCUUUAGCCAGGCCUACCGAGAGAAGGUCUUACGGUUAUUCAAGCUGGGCAUAGUGAGGGUCCUCGUGUGCACAGAUGCUGCUGGGAUGGGGUGUGAUCUACCUAAAGUUGAGCUUGUGGUUCAAUGGAAGAUGCCCGACUCGAUUUCGACAUUCGUGCAGCGUGCUGGUCGGGCAGCACGUUCUCCCGGGACUAGUGGGAUGGCGGUCCUGUUGGUCGAAAAGUCAGCCUACAACGUCGAUCUUCAAACAUUGAACACCCAGACAACAACGACACAAUCAAUCCGAGUGAAAUCUGUCAACCCAACAAAUGCCAACAAACCCGCUCAGAGCACGGACAAGAGAACAAAGAAGGAGGUUCAAAUGUACGCAGCUGCUUGCGGGGCCCAUCGCGGGAAGCAUUCAGGGUGCUCUGACGAAUUGCCUUCCACACGAUUGGAACCACAUAUCGAUGUCGAGCAUUCAAACGAAGGGUUGUACGCAUUGAUUCAGACCACACUCUGUCGAAGGAGGGUUCUUUUGACUGUCUACGACAAUCAUACUGCCGACCCAGUUGAUCGCAAAGUGUGUUGCGAUCUUUGCAACCCCCAGCUCCUUGACCGCGUUCGCCCAGGAAAGCCACCUGCAAAAGAGCGUCGAAAGGUCGUCAAAAAACGGGCGGAAAUCGCUCUUCAUGUCUGGUCCAAACUGGAUGAGUGGCGCAUGCUGGUCCACGCCCGAGACUGGCCUCGGUCGAUGUUGGGUCCGUCAGCUAUCCUGUCGGACGACGAUCUUGAGAUGCUGGCAAUGGCGGAGAACAUCACGACACUAGAGGAUCUCAAAGAUAUCCUACAUCAGUGGACUUGGAGAACGAAAUAUGUGGACGAACUUUGGUCAGUGUGGGGAGAGGCAACCAGCAAUCGGGACCACGGGCCUGAAGUGCCUGCUGAGCCUACAUCCUCCUCCCCUUCUGCUUCCAACGCACGCGUGUCACCCUUGGUUGACGUCCCGCCAGCUCCGAUACCCAGGGAGUCCACCCCAGUAGUCUCACAACCAACCUCAACUCACAACGUCCCUCGGCAACCUUCUGUACGCGAUAUGACUGGAUCAACGUCGACGCCGGUAAUGUUGGCUCCAACCACAACGACCAGGAAGCGAACUCGGAGGGCAGAAGACUUGGAAACGGUCGGCGAUGGGGGCGAAGACGAUGUGCACAGUAACGGUGGUGGUCCAAGUCAAAGACGUAGAACUGAUGGCGGGAACACAUCAGCGUUUACCUCAUCGUUGACAGCAGCAUCGUCGCACGCGACUCCGUUCAACUUCAACCACUUCGCAGGUCGACACGAUUUAGCUUUUAGGCCGUACCCAACACCACCAGAUCCUCAAUACCAGGCACUGCAGCGCUACAACUUCAACCUUGCCCCUCAAUACUACAGUCAUGCAGUCCUACCGUCGACUCCGGCUCGCCAACAAUCGCUUUAUCACCCAAGCCCUCACACUAACCUCCAGCACGGCGCCCGAUAUCCACCACCACCCAUUUAUGAAGACCCACGCAUCGUCCAAGCACCGGUCUCGUUCGCCAGUCAGUCGACGCCAGUGCCGCAAGCCCAGUAUCAGCGCACGUAUGCGUCGGGUUCACUGCCAACCCCCGGGACCCCAUACCAUCUACCAGCUCGCCAUUACGAGGCUUCCAUCGACGAGCGACAGGGAGCGCGUACCUCAGCCUAUCAACCGCCUUUCCAACAGACGCCCUCGACGGCAUUCCCUCACCACACGACUCAGAGGACGCCGCUCCCUCCUCUCCAUGUUUUGCAUACGGGGUCUGGAGUACAGAUGUACCAUCCACCGACACCUGGCGACACUCCUCACCACCGGCGACACAAUCUUUCGUUCAAUGGUCGACCCUCUAGCCCUCAGUGGCCAAACCAUCCACUUCCUCCUCCCCCCAUUACACCUCAUUCACACAUUCCACCCACAAAUCAUGCCCAAUACGAGUUUAUCCUGGAUGCUCGUUCGUAUAAUAAUGAUUUUACUAAUGUACAAUAG